GUGUGCUCUCUUUCUGGUGAAACUUGCGCCCGUUUGGUGAUAAAUGAGGACUGCGUCGACCGAGAGCAUUCUUCACAUAUUUAUGAAGUUAAUGAUAAACUCCUACUUAUGAUUAAGGAUAAUUUCGACAAGUUUGGACAAAGACCAUUUUGGACUUGAAACCAAGGCGGGGAAAGUUUAAAUGGACUUUAAAUGGGCUGAUGUCGGACUCGUGAAGGCGAUCCGGGUUUAUGGAUUUUAUUGAGUUUUGUGACUAAGACUAUUAGCCAUGGAUUUAUAGUUUUUUUUUCUUAUUUUCUUUUGAUCCAAGCAAGGACUUUGGAAAAAUGUGACCACCUGCUUUUUAUCCAAUUAUUUAUUAUUUUUCAUUUUUUAAGUCACCUUUUUAAAUCUGAGUUUUCCCUAAAAGAAGGGAUGGUUAUAAUUUAGUCUGCGUCUCCAGUCUCAAAGAAGAGCAUCAAUGGAUUGAAAGGCUGUACUCUCAGCUUCAAGUGAAAAAGUGCCUCAAGCAAGGUCAGGAGAUGUGUGAAGGAGUGUGACGGACGGCCAUGGGACUGGAGAGACGGUGGCUCCAGGCUGUCACCACUGCUUUAGCCAUCUGUCUGCUAAGUGUGUCUCAAGGUGGGGCAUCAUUGGUUCGUGCCAGAGAGGGGGGCUCUGCAGAGCUGGGCUGCAGUCUCACUCCUACAACCAAAGAAGCCACCACCCCAAACCUCUUUCCUCUGCAUGUGGUGGAGUGGGUGCGCCUCGGCUUCAACGUUCCCGUCCUCAUCAAAUUUGGAGUGUAUGCUCCUCGAGUUCACCCAAACUACAGGGGCCGUGUUUCUCUGACCCGGGGCGCCUCUCUGCUGGUGGAACGGCUGACCCUGGAGGACGAGGGCUGGUUUGAAUGCCGCAUCCUCCUCCUGGACAGCAAAAAGGACGACUUUCGUAAUGGCACAUGGACCUUCCUCUCCAUCACAGCUCCACCUGUGUUCAUCAAGAAACCACCAACUUUCGUGGAGGUUUUGCUCGGAGACUCUCUGACUCUCAGCUGCGGAGCCCACGGCAACCCUCGUCCAACUGUUGUCUGGCAUAAAGAUGAGAGCCGAAUAGAAAAACAUGAAAAAAUAAAAGUGCUCAAUGGUACCUUGUCUUUGGCCUCCGUCACAAGAAAUAUUUCAGGAGUGUACACAUGUCACGUGUCCAACUCGGAGGGCAACCUGACCCACUCUACGCAGCUGCAGGUUAAAGGUCCUCCAAUCAUCAUCAUCUCCCCAGAGGACACCACUCUCAACAUGUCCCAGGAUGCAGUUCUGCAGUGUCAAGCUGAUGCCUACCCUUCUAACCUCACCUAUGAGUGGUUAAAACAAGGACAGAACGUUUACCAUAUUGAGUCCCUUAAGUCCAGAGUGAAGGUUUUGGUGGAUGGAACGCUUCUUAUCCCUAAUCUCAUCCCAGAGGAUGCUGGCAACUACACCUGCAUCCCAACUAAUGGGAUACUGACCCCGCCCUCAGCGUCUGCACACCUUAAAGUCAAACAUCCUGCUCGUGUUGGCCGAAUGUCCCGGGAAACAUACCUGCCCUCAGGAAUGGAGGGAGUCAUAGUCUGCCCUGUCCAAGCUGACCCCCCUGUGUUGUAUGUCAACUGGACCAAAGAUGGGAACGAUUUGAAUCUUGACAACUAUCCAGGGUGGAUGGUGAACUCAGAGGGUUCAGUUUUUAUAACAACAGCCAAUGACAACGCAGUGGGCAUGUACACAUGUACGCCCUACAACAGUUAUGGCACUAUGGGGAGGUCUGAACCUACCAAGGUCAUUCUGCAGGACCCUCCAUCAUUUAAAGUGCUCCCUCGGCCUGAGUAUCUCCAGGAGGUGGGCAGAGAGUUGAUCAUCCCCUGUGAAGCCAGUGGAGACCCUGCUCCUAACAUAACGUGGAGCAAGAUUGGUCCUACUCCUCGUUCCCCGUACACUGUGCUGGCUAAUGGUUCCCUUCUGCUGCAGCCACUCAAUAAAGACCACCAAGGGGGCUGGGAGUGCUUAGCUACCAAUCGAGUAGCAACUGUCAGCACUGGAACUGUGGUCAUGGUGCUAGGUACAAGUCCUCAUGCAGUGUCCUCGGUUUCUGUGUCCACGGAGAUGAACCAGGCUAACGUGUCCUGGGUUCCUGGCUUUGACGGAGGAUACACCCAGAAGUUUACUGUUUGGGUGAAGCAGGCUUCCAGGGGGAAACAUGAAUGGGCAUCUCUGCCUGUCCCAACAUCCAAAAACUACCUGCUUGUGACUGGCCUGCUUGCUGGCACUGGCUAUCAGUUCAGUGUUCUCCCUCAGAAUAAACUCGGAUCUGGACCUUUCAGUGAAAUCGUCACUGUGAGGACACAAGCUGUACCAACAGAGGAACCAACAGUGGUCACUAAUCUUCCAAACCUGGAGCCUCCCAUAUUCCUGUCAGCCAACCGGACUGAGCUAGGUGUUCUCCUCCAGUGGUCUCCUCCUGAGGCUCCAUCCUCUCCUCUGACUGGCUACGUGCUGCAUGCUCGCAGAGAUCAGGGCCACUGGGUCAUCCUCACUAGCAACAUCAGCGCCAAUCAGAGUGAAAUGCUGGUGAAAGGACUGCUCAGGGACUCCAGUUAUGAUCUAAGGCUGAUGUCUCGUAGCAAUAAAAUACUCAGUGAACCCAGUGAGUCUGUUAACAUAUCCACAAAUGGGAUGGAGGUUUACCCUGUGCGCCCAGGUUACUUGGAGUUCAUCCCUGAGCCCCUGUUGGCCGGUGUGUUAGGAGGAGUGUGCUUCCUGUUUGUGGCUAUCAUCCUGUCGUUGGUCACAGCAUGCUAUAUGAGUCAGAGGAGACGGCACCGACGCAGAAAGAGAAGACAAGAUCUCCCAUCUGCCCUACAGAAGAGCUCAUCUCCAGAUGCUCGCUCACCUUCUCACAGUCCAGACAGCGUCCUAAAGCUGAAGCUGUGCCCACCACUUCCCUUCUUCCCAAACUCUUCCUCCUUGCAGUCUGAUCGGUCAUCGUUUGAUAAAGGGAGCCGGGGAGAAUACCAUGACCAGCGGAAACAGCUCCUGUCCAACUCAUCUCCACCACCUCAUUACACGCUCUUUGAGAGUCAUCUUGGGUCUCAGGCUCCCUCUCCGACGGCUCUGGAGUCCAUCUCCAGAGGUCCAGAUGGACGUUUCAUUGUCCAACCGCUGCUAGAGAGCUCCAGUCCCUCCAAUAAAAACCACUUGAACAAGGAAGCCCUGCAGAUUAACGGAGGGGCAGGUGGCUUAGGGAGCAACAGGACGUCUUUAAGGGACUCCCCAAAGUCGAGCAUUCUCAGCUCUGAGAGGGAUGAGAGGAAGGACUCUCCUCUCACUGUUGAUGUCCCAGAGCUGAGUAGACCUCCUCCAUCUCCUGGAAGAGUACGAGCUCUGGCCAGGAACCUUUCACGCCACGGCUGCUUUUACUCUGAUGAUGAGCAAGGCUCAGAGUCCCUGCUGGAAAGAGCCAGCUUUUAUUCUGACAACAGUGAGAAAAAACCCAGUGAUUCUCUCAGGAGGUGUCGCAUGCAGGCCAAUACUGAAGAUCUUUUUACUGGUUUGGGAGGGAGAGCCAAACGCCUGGAUAGAGACAGAGGCUACCAGGCCAUGGAGAGUCAGCUGACUAACAACAGCACCCAGGUCUCACAGCUUGACAGUGAGUUGGAGAGGGAAAACAUCAACAAGUGUGUCCAGCUUGCGAAGGAAAGGGAGGAGAUGGAGAGGGAGCUGGAGGGGUAUACUGCAGAUCCGAGGAUUCGAAGUCGUGGAAGAGAUGAGCGUCAGUCUGAUGAGACAGAGAGCCCUCACAGGGACGCAGUACAGUCAGAGGAGGAACCUAUUUGGAAACCACAAGAUGUCACCAUAAGACAGAAACACAAACCCUCAGGUCAGACAAGUCGGUUGUCAGACUAUCGCAGGGCGUGCUACUUCGGGAACACCAGCAGCCCCAUGGACCGACUCCAGUCAUCCCGCAUACAGUGGGACAUCAGCCCUGUUACAUCCAUCACCAGCCUCAUUCCUGUCCAGAGCCCCCGAGAGACCACGUCACCCCGGUCACAACAUCCUCGCACAUUGAGAGAAACCACACAGGACUCUGUGGAUGUGGAGUCAUCUCGCUCUCCAGUCACCCAGAACACCUCCCUCCCCAUGCUCUCUCCUGAUAUCACCACAGAAAGCCCCCCAUUCCUUUGUCUGCAAACCCCAGAGAGAGCUAGGUCAUUGAGUCCUCAGAGAGAUGCAGAUUUUUGCAGGAAGUCUUUGACGGAUCAGGGUUUGAGGGAAAGGACAGAGGACAGAGGAGCUGCAGGAUCUAGACAUUCAUAUGCUUAUGCAGGCUCUCAGCCUUGGGAUUCUUCAGCCAGAGGACCUUUAGUGGACAGUGAGAGGCCUACGAGUUCAGCAUCUGCACCCUUUAAUCAGCCCGACCGGACUGAAGAGGUGGACUUCACAGCAACAAGGGAUCCCAGUCCAUCCAGUUAUUCCACUCUACCCUAUGAACAUUGGGAAGUAGGUGCAAAGGCCAAAGAAAAGGACAGUAGAGCCCGGGAUGGCCGGCCAAGUUCUAGGUUUUACCCUGAGUUAGAGAGAGAGGGUGUGCGCACACGCUCCAGGAGGAGCGACAAGUGUCUCUUCUCUGAUAGUCCAAGCCCCAUUACAACACUGACUCUAGUAGAGGAGGUCGACAGUGACCAGUCCCAAUUUUCUGUCCCAGGAAUGUCAGGCUCCUUAAAGGCCAAGCCUGCAGCUCCGUCUCCCAAAAUGUCACCCCUGCAGACAAGUGCAAUUCUUGAAUAUCUAAGCCUUCCGGGUUUCAUUGAAAUGAGUGUGGACGAGCCUGUGGAAGAAGCUGAAGACACAGUCUCUGCUCAGCAAAGUUCAGAAUUAAAACAACAAAAAUCCCCCGGGGCUAAGCCUGAUGUAGUUCCUAGAAACUGGGAGAUUCACAUUCAGGAAAACAGGGACACAGAUACAAACAGAAAAGUUUGCUUUGAAGAAACUCGUCCAGCUGGUGCUGCGGAGGCCGGCUUUUACCUAGCUAAGAAACAAAGCUUUAAAAGCUCUCUACAAGGAGACGCUAGAGAUUCUUCGACUAGAGUGCGAUUUCCAGAUGAAACAAGAGCAUUGUCACCUUAUCCAGAAAAAACAUGCAGGCAGCUUUAUGACGAGAAAACACAGCUUCGAAGUGGGAACAAAAGCACAGACAGACCUGAAUCCAGCCUGGGAUCAAGGUCAGCUCACACCUUGUUCAGCGCAGCUAAAGGCAUGGCGGAUAUCGUGGCCAAACACUCACAGAGUUUUGUAGACAGUAGUGAGUCUUUAUCAGAGCAACCCCAAAGACAAUCCUCUCAGGGCAGCAGGGUGAAUAACAUCGCCUCUCGAAUAUGUCAAGCCCCCGUGCCAUUUCUGAAGAAAUCGUUCAGCAUGGGCCCCAGUAGGACCCUCUCAGGUUUUGGACAUCCUCGGCCAUUCUUAAAAAAAUCUUUCAGUUUGGGCUCGCAGAGGUGGGAGCACUUUGAGAGCCCGAGGACUUAUAUUUCAGAAAAAUGUUACUGGGACGAGUUCCCACAUCCAGAAGUAAGACUGAAGUCAUACAGUCUGGGUCGCAGUCCACCUUCCCUCCCUAGGCCCGGCCCCUCGUGGAGGGAGUACAUCCCCUUCAGACGGCCCAGUAUGGGGAGCUUAGAGAGGCUUCAUCCUGCACAGAGAUCUUUAGCUAGUCCUCCCUACCUCACUCAACCCAUGUACCCACCCAGACAAACCUCCAUCUCCCCGCUGCUGGAACCAUCAGAUCCUCGCCGACAAGCUGCUGUGUUCCCAGACUCCUCCAGGUGGUCCCCCUCAUUUCAGGAUCACAUAAGGUCUGCUCACUAUGUCCCCAUGCCCUCCUCGAUCCCCAUCCCCCAGUACCAACCCUGGCCAGCAUCCAGGGGGGAAAACAUGAGGUCUGUGGACCCCAGGAGGGGCCCUCCAAGGUCCUACCUGCCCAGGGGUAUCAGCUGGCCCUCACCUUACUACGCCCCCUUCCCGCCCAGAGAGGGAGAGGGCUACAGACAGCCAGACAGGAUGAUGGGGAGAGGAGGGGAGACAGAGAUCAGGGAGGGAGGGCGUGCGAGCUACGCCAGCCAGAGCAGCGGGAGAGGAAGCGCCGGCCUCUUCCGUCAGUCGCUGUCCAUAACCCCCACGUUGCUCAGCUCCCCCGAAACCACAGAGGAGAGCGACCGGCACCGAGCAGAGAUGGAGCUGCCAGAGAGGAGAGCGAAAAGAAGGAACACAUCAGUAGAUGAGAGUUAUGAGUGGGACUCUGCUGAUGCGUGCGCAGACUCGGAGGUCCUGGAGGCUUCGAGGUUUGAUCAGUCACAGAGCAGUUUACGGAGAGGCAGGGGUGAACUGAGGCAUGAUCAAACUGCUCGCCUCCAGGACCAGACACAGAAAGGCCCGUCUCCCUCAGUCAGCCCGCCAGUUUCCAACCCACCUCGCUGCCAGUACAGCCGCUCCCUGAGCGAAGCGCGUUUCAACGCUCUCCGUCAGGAGUACCAAGAGUACAGGCGGGCUCAGGAGUCCAUCUGCACCCGUGAGCCCUGCCGCGCCCCCGGCCAUGAAACAGACUCUGACUCCAACUCAGCACUGCUUUAGCAGCUUAACUCGGUUUAUCUAAGGAAGAUACCAAAUAGAAGUUUUAAUUAACAGAAGACAGCACUGUGGCCCUGGACAAUGUCAUCUUUCAGAACUCCUCCUGUUACAGCAGAUUAAAGUUAGAUUAUUUAAAAAGACAGUAUUUCAUGCUGUGUGCCAUCAGUUGUGACAGACUGCAAAUCUUCAGUUGUAAUCACAAGAAAUGUUCUUUGUUCAUGUUCUUGCUCACUUCUGCUCUGCAUAAUGAAACUGAGAAGGGAUUGUUUUUUUUUCUAUGUGCUCUGUGCUUUGGGAAUUUAUUUCUUAAACUUUGACAAUCAGGCACUUGGGGCCCUUCAAGGACAUGAAAAAACUCCCUUCACUAGAGCAGGUUUACAAUUCGGAAUUGAAACAAAAUGCUUUAUAAAAGCAGCAGACGCUGAAGUACGAAGGGUUUAUUUAACGUUUAUGUCCAUUACAUCAGGGACUUUUCUUUUUUAAUGGAUGGAUGCUAACGACAAUGAUGGAGGUUUGUUAAAAGAAAGCACCUGCUUGUUGAAACGUCCGUAAUGUUAAGUGUUACCAGUUCAUUUCACCUCCAUCCCCUGAAUACGACCCAAGUACUCAAGGAAUAAACUCUGAGUUUUGUUCUUUGUUACAAAAUCUUUGUGCUGUUCUUGAUAUCAAACUAUUUCUCUAAAACAAGUUUACUGUAUUUUAUCUCUCACUGUUAUUUUUCUACUGAUUCCAUGAGCUCACUUUCCAUUUGACUCAUUCGUUCCAUUGUCAAGCAUUUAUAAAUCAAAUCCCAUCAAAAAGGCUCCCAGUAUUUGUAAAAAUGUUUAUAUGUACCUUAAUGUGAAUGGUCCUACUGUUGUAUUGUAUAUUCCACUUCAUCAUUUCAUCAGAUGAGAAAAUGCUACUUUACUCCACCUGAAUCAGUCUAACCUUGCCUCUGAUGACAGAAAAACUUGAUAAGAAAAACAGGGAAAAAAGAUUUUGCCUUAUUUUUGUGAAUAAAAGAUGAGCUAAUUGAUGGUUUAGCUAACAUGCUAAAAAAAACUGAUGGCAGGAUUUUUAAAAAUACUGAAGUUUUGCUCACAUGUUGAGUAUUUCUGUAUAUUUAUUGAAGUGAGUUAUGAUAUGCAACAAUGUUUACAAUUCACAUCAAUGAUGUGAAGGCAACACUGUGAAUAUUUCAUGGAUUUCUGCUUUGAGUGUUGUGCCCAUUAGGCUACUUUUUUUUUUUUUUUUUUUAGAUUUUUUUUUACUAAAAAUGACAAGAACUGUUUUUAACGUCACCCAAGGAUCAGAGAAGUACUUUGGGAAGGUUCAAGAUUUGUACUGUAUUUACUUUGAUAACAGAUGAAACUAUUCAAAUGGAGAGAGUACGCACUUCUGAUGAUGGUUUUGAAGUUUUGUACA